AUGGAUGGUGGAGUAAGUGGAUCUUGGAUUAUGGAUUCGGGGUGGAGUUUCCAUAUGUGCCCGUACAAGCACUGGUUCCAAGAAUUAAAUCCUGCCACUGGAACUGUGCUCUUAGGAAACAACCAAAUCUGCAAUAUUAAAGGAGUUGGGAUUGUGAAGUUCAAGAUGGCAGAUGGAUCUGUGAAAGUGCUCAGUGUUGUGAUACACAUUCCUGAAAUCAAAAGGAAUUUGAUCUCACUAGGCUUGCUGGAAGUAAAGGGUUUUUCAUUUUCUUCUCUUGAGGGAAGAAUGGUAAUCAAGAAAGGUCAACAAAUAGUUAUGAUGGCUGAAAGGAGAAACAACUUGUACUAUUUGCUAGGUGAAGUUGUGAUUGGUGAUUCAAAUUCAGUGGCUGCUGAGAAUUUGAAGUUGUGGCACUUGCGGCUAGGACAUCCGGCUGAAGGAAGUCUAAAAGAAUUAGCCAAGAAGGGUCUUAUCUCUGGAGAUACAUCAAGUGGCCUCGGUUCCUGUGAGCAGUGCAUCUUGACCAAGGCAAAGAAGAAGCCAUUUCCAUCAGAAGUGGAACUUGAGAAAGGCAGUAGAGUAAAAUGUCUGAGAACAGACAAUGGAUUGGAGUUUCUUUCAAGAGAUUUUGAUGAGUUUUGCAAGGAGAAAGGCAUGAAGCGCCAUAAAACAGUUCCUUCUAACCCUCAACAAAAUGGGGUUGUAGAAAGGAUGAAUCGAACAAUCUUGGAAAGAGUUAGGAGUCUACUUUUUGCAUCUGGAUUGAACAGUAAAUUUUGGGGAGAAGCAGUUUAUACAGCUGCUCAUCUCAUCAAUAAGUGUCCCUCUACCAGUUUGAAGUCAGAAACACCAGAUUAUAGGUGGUAUGGAACUCAUGGUAACUAUUCAAAGUUCAAGAGGGGGGUAAAAGGGUACAGGCUAUGGUUCAUUGAGCCUGGUAAUCAAAAGGUUGCGAUAAGUAGGGACAUGGUUUUCAUCGAAGAUCAAAUGCCUUACUUGAGUAAAGAAAAACAGAAAGAAAAAGUUCCCUAUGAUAUGUUUGAGGUGGAGUUAGGGAAAUGA